AUGUCUCGAAGAUCAGGUACGAACAAUGCCGAUCAAAGAGAAUCUUCCACCGCACCUCCAGACAAUGGGCAAAAGAAGCAAGCUAUGCUAUUGGCUCAAGACACUGGCCACUUCAGUUUGAUAAAAGCUCUACAUUUGGCGGACUUGAUCACGGAAAUGAAUGUCAUGUCCAUUCUGUCUUCGAUACGAUAUUGCUUGGCCGACCCAUCCGACUUCACAAACUUGUGGCUAGCGUUCGCGUAUAUGCCGUUUGGGUUGUUUUUUGACUUUUUUGAUGGCAAAGUGGCACGAUGGAGAAAGAAGUCGUCAUUAAUGGGACAAGAAUUAGAUUCGUUGGCAGACCUGAUUUCCUUUGGAUUGGCACCCGCGGUGGUAGGAUUUGCCAUCGGAUUCCGCACCAAUGUUGACCAGAUGAUCCUGAGCUUCUACGUGCUUUGCAGCUUGACCCGAUUAGCACGGUUCAACGUAACGGUCGCCAUGCUUCCAAAGGAUAAAACCGGAAAGUCGAAGUAUUUCGAAGGCACCCCCGUGCCGUUCGCUUGUCUGACAAGCUCGGGGAUCAUGGCUACAUGGACUUUUAUGGGUUUGAUUCACGAUUCUUUGCCUUUCGGGACUAUUUUGGCCGGGUCUUUGUUCGAGUUUCAUCCCAUUGCGGUCAUAUUUUUUGUGAAUGGCUGUUUGAUGGUGAGCAAGACUUUACACGUCCCCAAACCAUGA